AUGAGGUCAGCAUGGACGCAGGCCCUGCUGCUCCUGGCCGGGACAGCAUGGGCUGUGUCGGCAGCCAACACCCCGGGACGGCAAGUCACCAUCGCCGGCAUGCGGCUCAACACGUACUUCCCCAUGAGCACCCUGAUAGGCAGCUGGCCCCUCCAGGCCGGGGACAACCUGGUUUGCGAGCUGUGGGAGUGCGACGGCGGCGUGGGCGGGUGUGACCCGGCCAAGCCCUCCCUCCUGCCCAACGCCACGGCGGGCGACGACCGGCUGGGGGAGCUGACCCUGGGCAUGGACGACUACGCCGCGCAGCUGACGCUGACCAGCAGCUUCAACACCAGCGCCACGAACGCCGCGGCGGGGGUCAUGCUGGAGUGCGACGAGUGCUGGCAGCUGUGGAGGGACAACAACGGGGCGUGGGUCCUGGCGCCCGUGCCCUCGCCCCCGGCCCCACAGGAGGUCACCUCCUUUGAUGGCCCCGACGAGAGCCCCUCGCCAGUGGAGCAGAGCCCUGCGACGGCCGAGAGUCCCGCGCCGGCCGACGCGCCGGUGAAGGGCGGUGGCCUGGCCACAGGCGUCAUCGCCGCCAUCGGCGCGGUCGUCGGGCUCCUCGCCCUGCUGGCCAUAGGCACUACCAUCUACUGCGCUCGCCGGGGGAAGUGCUGCUUCGGACGCGGCAAAGUCUCGCCUGAGACGGCGCCAUCGGACGCCGAAGCGCAGGCAGAGGACCCAGCCCUGCACGUGAACGUGAGGAAGCCGAAGCACGCCCUGCCCCUGAUGAGGGCGGCCAAUGCCAGCGCGGCCACCGUGACGACGCCCUGGGCGCCAGACCUCCUGGAGGGCCGCAGCGAUCCAUGA